GAGCUAUAUGAAUCUGGACUGACUGUCCACUCGGACUCCGAGGUUUAUUCCGCCAACCACGAUGUUUCCUCUCAUUCGUCCUCCACCUCGAGCUCCCCUCUGAUCCUCUACAAGCCCCCGACGCUCUGGAGCAUUCUGCGAGGGGCCGCUAUCAACCUGAUUCUGCCCUUUGUGAACGGCUUGAUGUUGGGAUUUGGCGAACUGUUUGCACAUGAGGCUGCCUACAGGCUAGGCUGGUCUGGCACGAAGAUAUUCCCUCUGCAUCGACGAUCUAGGCCAGCUGGACCUGGCAUUGAGGUGCGCGAGGUUCCACAGCGACGGGUCACUAGAGCUGCUGGUUUGCAGGACACCACGUCCUUGGAGUAG